GCAUAUGGCCGUCCGAAAAAUUAAUCUGCAAGGAAAACAAUUUGUGUGGCGAAAUCAUGAGAUCACAGUGAAACCGUUUUUUUUUCACUGUAUUUAAACAAUAAGAGAAACCAAUGAUUAUUUCUCAAUAAAUGUAUUAAAAAAUUGCACAGGAAAAACAAUCCAGGUGGGAUAAUAUAUGUGAGAAGUAAAGUAUACACAAUCCUCUGAGUGCCGUUAAUGAUGUUUCUGCCGUUACCUGGAAGAUAACGCACAAUUUAAUCGAAGUUAAACCCUACGUAAGUAAAUAAAUAUGGCACAAAUACAAGCGUCGACUGCGGACGGAUUGCCGAAGCACUUCGUCAACGCGAUGCGUACGUUGUUCGACAUAAUGGACGAUCAGAGCACCGGUUUCGUCAAGUUCACUGACAUAGAGGGUCGAUGGCAGGACGACGGCACCCAGGGUCUGCCCAAAGGUAUCCUCGACAGCUUAAAGAAGGUGACACCGUCGAACGGUUUGCUGUCAUUCGAGAGAUUCUGCGCGGGUUUGCAGAUCUGUCUACUGCAAAUACAGACGGAGGCAGACUCCAAGAAGCACGAGAGUCAGCUAAACAGGCCCCCUUCUGCACCGAUACUUAUCCCUGACAAUCAAAACAAGGCACCUUGGACCUCUCCCAACACCGCCACUAUAAGGCCCAACAAUGCCAUAUCUCAGCAACGCACUCUGAGUAUGCCGCAGUUACUGGCCAAUCGCAAAGAUAUGAAUGCGCAAUUGGAAUUAAUGGAUGGGAGAAACCUUGGGGAGCCAAAGAUCACUAAAGUGUACGGCCCACCAAAGCCACCAAGGACAGGCGCUGCGUUAGAAGGUAGAAUGAUGGGUUCUGAGCGUAACUUUGACAAGUCUGAGAUUAGAACUGCUCUGCAGAAUUGGCAAAUGGGUCUCAUGAUGAACGAUGAGAAGGAGAAACGUCAGUUGCAGGCUGUAAAUUAUAGACCGGAUGCUAGGACGUUGUUGAGACCGGCCAGAGUCCUGGGUGAUGGUAAAGCAGUCGAUAUACAGACUACUCAACUUGGUCUUCAAGCCAAGAAACCGUCGGGUCGUCGCAGAGAACCUAGACGGCAUACGUUGCAGAAUGGUAUUGAUUACAAUAUGAUGAAAAGAAUGAAACAGAUUGAACAAGAAAAAGAUGUACUACUUCAAGGUCUAACUGCUGUUGAUAAAGCCAGAGAAUGGUACUUGAAACAAAUUUCUGCUACGCAAGAGAAGAUUAAACAUCUUGGACGAAUGGGCUCUCAUGUGGAGCAAUGGACAGAGGCACAGCAAGAGCGUUUAGAACUACAACGUGCACGAGUUUUAGAAGUAAAUCGGCAUCUAGCUGCCUUGAUAAGUACUUGGGAACGUGGAGGACUUCCUCUUCAUAUGAAUCUCGCUUUCUUGAGUACUCCGACUUCAGCCCAGCUUCAACAGGAUAUGUUAUCACGGCUUAAACAACAAAAUCAUAGAUUAAAUGAGGAAGUUAGCAAAAAAAGCCAACGAAUAGCAUUACUUGAGCAAGAAAAAGACAGUCUUGUUAGGGAAUUGUACAGUAGACAGUCUGGAUUGAUUCAAUCUCGAAGAGCAACAAUGAUUCAUGAACAACACGAUCAAACGUUCAUGUAAGAAUAUAAAUAUGUCAAGCUUUGGAACCGUGUCACACAAAUGAUAAGCUUUAAAUAGAAUAAAAGUAAAACGAAUUUCCAAACUAA